CCGCCGGCUGCGGGGGGCUGGGGUGGGGGGUGUGGGUCUCGUCUUCCCCGUGGCCGGCACCAGGUUUGUCAGCCGGCGCUGAGCCGUCCCCCGAGCGAUUUCUGCAGUCCCUAGGCAAACGGCGUGUGCUUCGUGUGCCCGUUACACCCGUGCCCGGUCAGGGCUGCCGACGUUGAGAGACAGGUUGGGGAUUUUAAAAGGCAGCUGUGAGCAUGCAGGGGCAGAAAACACGGACGUUGUUCCUGGGUGAGAUGGGGUUACUGAUGUCCCUGCAAUCUCUUAGCAUCACCUGUGGCGGUACUAUUUUGAACUGAUACUGGCGCUCUGCCCGGGUCUGAUUUAAAACAAGGUGUCUGUGCCUUAGGCUGCUUGAGUUGGAAACUGGCGUUUGCAGUGUGGGUAGCAAGCUUGUGAAUGCUGCAAGUCUUUCAAUAGGGGAUAUUAACUGAAUGUUAAAAAAGUAAAUCUCCGGUAACUAACAAAGGUGCUGAUUUUUUUUGAUGAGGAAAAAGGUUGAAAGAUUUUAAAAGAAAUCAGAAAGAUUUGACGUUUCUUAUGGUUCGGUAUCAAUACAAUUGUGACUUCUUCCUUGAACAGUCUGAUUCACUGAGGUUAAUCUGAGAAAUCUGAUCUGCAGGCAGAGAGUAUUUCUUAGAUUUUUUUUAUUUUUUUUUUUUUUCCUCUCUCCAUGUGGUAAGACUACGCAGAGGUCAUGAAAGAAUCAAGCCAAGACCAAGUUCUGGUCUGUCAGUUGCGGAAUUAAGUAUGAGAAAUGUUGUGACCGGAGGUUAAGGGUGUUUUGCUGCCGUUGCAAUGCAAUUUAAAAGGGGAAGGGAUGAUGAAACACUUGUAAAAGAAAUUGGCUUAAACACAGCUGUGCCAUUUCCUUCCUUUCUAUUCUGGACUUCAUACUAACAACAGAUUUCAUGCAUGCACUGUGACGCGUUCUUGGCCGUGGAGUUCUACAGGGACAGCUUAUUAGUCCACAGCCUAGGCAGUUCCAAGGCUGCAUCUUUGCACUGGACAGGUGAGCGAGCUGUCAGUGUCCUCUUGCUGGGUCUCCUUCCUGCAGCCUACCUGUAUCCUGGACCAGCCAUGGACUAUUCACUGGCUGCAGCCCUCACUCUCCAUGGCCACUGGGGUCUUGGACAGGUUAUAACUGACUACGUCCAUGGAGAUAUACCCAUUAAACUGGCCAAUACAGGUCUGUAUGUACUGUCGGCCGUUACCUUUGCUGGCCUCUGCUACUUCAAUUACUAUGAUGUUGGUAUCUGCAAGGCUGUUGCCAUGCUGUGGAGCCUCUAAGAUGCGACUUAGGCCCUGACAAACACGAUUGUUCGCUGCUGCCUCUGCUUCAUCAUAUUUUUACCGAUGUGUUUAAUUGAAAACAGAUGAAUAACCAAGGGUCCAUAGUAUGUACGCAUUGCAGCGAGUUCAGAGCUAGCCUUCUAGAAAUUAAUAUCCAACAGCAGUAAAAAUGUUAGAAAAGAGAAAGUAGAUUUAAAGUGGAUAAUGUCCAGCUGAGAGUGUGUUGAUUUAAGCUGCGCUGUAAACUGGGAGGAAGUAAUUACAUCAACGACAGACUGACUGAAGGUAACUUUCCUUGUAAUGACAGCUUUAAUGAGUGUUUUUCUGAAAUAACUGUUGGUUUCCUAUUUUGUAAAACAAACUUGACUUGCGGAAAAUUGAACUGUUAGUUCUGACAUCACAACAACUGAACUGUAUGUAAGCACACCCUGUAACUCAUUGGACCCUGAGAGUUAAUGCAGAAAAGGGAAUACUUUUUUCUUAAUCCAUACAAUAAAGAAUUUACAGAAA